AUGCCCAUAAAACUCAAGAAAUCUCUCCAGAUUUAUCUCUCCAAGCUCAAAAAACCAACUCCACAACUUCGUAUCUCUCACAGAGCCAUCACCUCUUCUACUUGUUGGAUCUUACCUGGGUGCAAGCACCCCAAGACCCCUUCAUUUGCCGCCGGUCGUCACCGACCAGAUUCCCAUAACAGCGAUGAAACUGCAGCGCUCGCCGACGUCGACGUCGACCAUUUCUACCACAAAGAUACUCAUGACUUAGGAAAUUCGACCAGCUUUCUUCUCGAGUCGUCCGGGCUUGUUGACCCUCCACCUGACGCCCGUCCAUCGCAAAGAUUCUUUGUAUUGCCAAGCUCAUCGAAUUCACUAAUCGAAGAAGCCCGAUCGAGCAGGAACACGACAACGUUUGAUGACAUCGGUUCUAGCUCUAACACUCUCCCUGACUAUAUACCAGAAUCUAUAGCACUAUCAGCUCAGAUGAAGGGUCUGAAUCUCCCUGAUGACAGUAUUGCCAUCCUAACGUACUCUUCGAACCCGUACGACGACUUCCAGCGAUCAAUGAAGGAAAUGGUAGAUGCCUAUUUCUGGCGAUACCGGACAAUCGACUGGGAUUUCAUGGAAGAGCUGCUCUUUUGCUACUUGAUGCUAAACGAGAAGAAGUCACACAAGUACAUACUUGGUGCGUUCGUGGACCUGAUUGCGACUUUACGUCAGAACACCUGCAGGAUUCCGGCAAAGGCACCAAAAUAUUCCGGCCAUUGGUAA